UGAAGCUUCACCUUUCGUCUCUGUUUUGUUUGGUUGCAGCAUGAGUCUGGUUUUGAGAUAGAAGCCAUGAUGCGUCCUAAUGCUGAGCUGAGGAGGCAGGUCAUUGCCAUAUAUAAAGAAUUACUAUAUCUUGGCCGUGAAUAUCCCCUCGGAUACGGCUACUUCCGCCCCCGUCUGCACAAGGCCUUCAUGUCUCGUGCCGCUGAGAAAGACGAAGACAAGAUUCGCGCGGGCAUCAAGCAAGCUGAAUACGUAAAGAAAGAAAUUGAAGCUCUGUACUACUUGAAACGAUAUCGAGCAUUGAGAAAACGAUAUGACAGCGAUGCGUGAGUUGAAACGAAAGAACAGAUGCAAGGAU